UUCCUCUUUUGGAAAUUGUUCUGGGUGCCCUGGAGGAACAAGACCAUUUCAAGUAACACCCCUGCUUCCCAGAACCUAGCUGACCACGACAAAGAGAUCAUGGCUGACAAGCUAAAGGAUACAGGGACUCUUGGCUUCUUGGAAGCAGCUGUGAAAAUCAGUCAUACAUCACCUGAUAUUCCAGCAGAAGUUCAGAUGUCCAUGAAAGACCAUCUCAUGAGGCGAACACGGAUGCAGAGGCAAACAACAGAGCCUGCAUCUUCCACCAGGCACAUUUCCUUCAAGAGGCAUUUGCCCAGGCAGAUGCAUGUUUCCAGUGUGGACUAUGGCACAGAGCUACCCCUUGCGGCAGAGCAGCCAACUUGCAUUGGCCGGAUCAAGCCAGAACUGUACAAACAGAAAUCUGUGGACUCUGAGGACCCCAAGAAAGAGGCAGAAAAAAACUGUGGGAAAAUUAAUUUUGCUUUAAAAUAUGACUAUGAGAAUGAGACACUGAUUGUGCGGAUCCUCAAGGCUUUUGACUUGCCUGCUAAGGACCUCUGUGGCAGUUCUGAUCCCUACGUCAAAAUCUACCUCUUGCCUGACAGGAAGCGCAAGUUCCAAACACGUGUGCACAGGAAAACACUCAAUCCCACCUUUGAUGAGUGCUUUCAAUUUCCCGUGCCCUAUGAGGAGCUGACCAACAGAAAGCUCCAUCUUAGUGUCUUUGACUUUGACAGGUUUUCCCGGCAUGACAUGAUUGGGGAAGUGAUCUUAGAGAACCUCUUUGAGGCCUCAGAUUUGUCUCGGGAGACUUCCAUUUGGAAGGAUAUUCAGUACGCCACAACUGAAAGUGUGGACCUGGGGGAGAUCAUGUUUUCCCUUUGUUAUCUGCCAACUGCAGGUCGCCUCACUUUAACAGUCAUAAAAUGCAGGAAUCUCAAAGCAAUGGAUAUAACUGGCUACUCAGAUCCUUAUGUCAAAGUGUCUCUGCUCUGUGAUGGGAGGAGGCUGAAAAAGAAGAAAACCACCAUAAAGAGAAACACACUUAAUCCUACCUAUAAUGAGGCAAUAAUCUUUGAUAUCCCUCCAGAGAACAUGGACCAAGUCAGCCUGCUUAUCUCUGUUAUGGAUUAUGACCGAGUUGGGCAUAAUGAGAUUAUCGGGGUUUGCCGUGUGGCAAACAACGCUGAGGGGCUAGGACGAGACCACUGGAAUGAAAUGCUGGCUUACCCACGCAAACCGAUUGCACAUUGGCAUCCACUAGUGGAGGUGAAGAAAUCCUUCAACGAGGUAUGUAAAGUACAUUAUAAUUAUCUUUGAAUACAGGUGUGAGAGGCAGCUUAGUAGGCUGGCUGAACUGCUUUUUCUGAGAGACUUCCACUUGUAUCCUGGGAGUCUUUACAUGAGCUUCUGCUUACCCA